AUGUCAAAACGUUCUCAUGAAGGUUCUCAACAUGCAGGAAGUAAAAAAAGAGGAAGACAAGAGCUGAGGACAAUCAGAAGAAGUGCCGGCGCCAAAGUUAGCUCCCAAGAGGUGUUUAAUUCGUCAAUUGUAGAUGAUGAAGAACAGGAACUAAAUGAAAGCAAUGAGAGCGAACAAGAGGAGGAUAUUGAUGAAGAAGAGAAAAAAAAUAAAGUAUAUGGAGCUUUGCUAACUAUUCUAAAGUCGGAACAUCCAGAGCUCAAAAAGAAGAAAAAGAAGCGAGUGGAUGAUUCAAAAUCAGGAGAAGAUAAAGGAAGUGAACUGGCAUCUGAUGACGGGAAAGAUGAUGAGAUUGAUGAAGCCCAACAGAUUGAAGACGGUUUAGCACGCGGAUCAGAUGGGCAGCCUAGUGAUGAUGAGGAAGAUAACGAUGCUCAUUCAAAUGUUGAGGAUAUUGAUAGUGAAGAUGAACAGGAUCCAUUUGAGUCUCAUUUUAACCAAGUUUCAGAAAAGACCGCUGACGAUUUAAAUACAGCAUUUAAUACUGGAAGUGUUAAAUAUAAGUCAACAAAAUCUGUUAUAGGAGAUAAUAAAACGGUCAUUAGUUCAAUCCCAACUAUUAUCGGUAAGGAGAACACUGAAGAAGAAAAGGACAGUGCUCCAAAAAGCUCCUCUAUACACUCUUAUUUUCUAAAGCAGAGAUUACGAGUUGCGAAUGAUAUGCUAGAUUCGAAAAAGGAUCCAUUAGGGCCACUACAAAAGGAAUUGGUGGAUCCUAUGUUUCAAUAUAGGGAUAUUCUCUGUGAGUAUAGUUCAUAUGAAAAAGAUGAAGAUGAGUAUAGGGAUCUAUAUGCCUUACAUGCGUUAAACCAUGUCUACAAGACUAGAGAUCGAAUCCUUAAAGACAAUGGCCGUCUACAGGAUAAUUCAGAUACUGAAUAUUUUGACCAAGGGUUCACAAGACCUAAGGUCUUGAUUGUUGUUCCUACAAGGGAUACCGCUUAUGAAGUCAUCAGUAAGAUUAUAUCCAAAUCUGGAUUAGAUCAAGUUGAUAAGAAAGGUAAAUUUAAUGAUCAGUUUCAUGAUGAAACGUUACCACCAUCAUCAAAACCGAAAUCCUUUCAACAUAUCUUUAAGGGUAAUACCAAUGAUUUUUUUGUUCUUGGUGUUAAGUUUACCAGAAAAGCAAUUAAACUAUACAGUAAUUUUUAUCAAUCUGACAUUAUCGUCUGUUCUCCCUUGGGUAUGCAGAUGAUUGUGGAAAAUACAGAUAAAAAAAAUAGACAGGAUGACUUCUUAUCCUCCAUAGAAGUGCUCAUCAUUGAUCAACUUCACUCUAUUGAGUAUCAAAAUUUAGCGCAUGUGUUCACAAUAUUCGACCAUCUUAACAAGAUUCCAGAACAACAACAUGAAGCUGAUUUUAGUAGAAUAAGAAUGUGGUAUAUUAAUGAUCAGGCGAGAUUAUUCAGACAAACUAUGAUAUUUACAAAAUAUGUGACCCCUGCGGCUAAUGCAUUAAUUAAUAAUAGAUGUCGUAAUUGGGCUGGAAGAUGGAAAAAUCACGAAAUUAUUGAACCGGAAGCGUCUGCCAUUAGUCAAUUGGGUCUUAAAGUAAAACAAACUUUCCAAAGAUUUGAUAUGAUGGGUGGUUCAGUCAUUGAUGAACCUGAUUACAGGUUUAAACACUUUUCCAGCGUAAUCAUUCCAAGUAUUGUGAAAUCUACUAGUUAUUCUGAUGGGAUACUAAUAUAUAUUCCAGACUAUACUGAUUAUGUUAGAAUAAGAAACUAUCUUAAAGAAAAGACGACGCUUCUCUUUGGUGAUAUCAAUGAAUAUUCCGAACAAAGAGAGUUAAAUUCAAAUAGAUCCUUGUUUCAACAGGGGCGUGUCAAAGUACUAUUGUACACAGAGAGAUUACACCACUAUAGACGUUAUGAACUUAAGGGUGUAAAGAGUGUUGUCUUUUACAAGCCACCGACAAAUCCUGAGUUUUACAAUGAGGUUGUAAGAUACAUAGGUAAGAGUGCGUUUUUGGGUAAUGCAGAUUUAAACAUUUCCACUGUGAGAACACUGUAUUGUAAACUAGAUGGCCUUUCUUUGGAAAGGAUAGUUGGAUCAAAGAGGGCUGGUAUAUUAUGCCAUGCACAGAACGAAGUAUAUGAAUUCCAAUAG